AGUCGCUCUCGGUUUGUGCAACAUAUACGCAAACACGUCCGCCUUUUUUGCCGUUGAGAGGACGCAGAGACGUACCCGGCCGUGUGUUCGCCGUUAAUCGUGACAAAUUGUGCGUAUAGAAACGCGUGACAGUGAACGAACGAAGUGGGUGAUCGAUACUUAAAUCAUAAAAGUAACCACUCUAGGAGUGAGAAUUCGUGUGCCGUGCCGUGUCCGUCGAUCAUGCCAGAAUUGCCGGAGACCGGAUCACGAUAAGGUGUGUGGGUGUGUGUGUGUAUGUGCGCGCGGAGUGGAUAGAUCUGAAAUCGCCCCCGAAAGCGAUAAGCGAGAAGCAAACGGAAAUGUCAAACUUUUAUCGCAACAGUGCGAUUUUCCCGUGAAGGUGUUUUUCCUUGGUUCUGUUUUGAACUCCGUGUUUCGCUCUCUCCCGCUCUCAUCUUCUUAGUGUUUGUGUGCACGUGUAGAUGGAUGAGUGUAUAUUCGCGGUAGUGUUAGUGUGCUGGUGCGUUUAGCGUGAAGUGCACUGAGGCAAAAAAAAGAAGUGUUGCAAUUCGUAUCGUCUCACCGAUUUUGCACACGUGCAGCGCCAACAGCAACUUGUCAAAUAAAAGUUUGCUUUGCACUUUAUCUGCAUCUCGCUUUGUUGUUGUUGUUCGCUCUGUGACAGUGCGCCGCUAUAUUUCAUGUUUGUAGUAAAUAUUAAAGUUGAAAUAUUUUCCUGACGAUAAAAGCUGGGUACGGGUGGGGGAAGAAGAUUGCGAACAAAGUUGUUACUCAGCAAAAAGCGCGAUAAAAAGUCAGAUAUCCCCCGGGACUUGUGGCGGCGGAGGCGGUGGCACAAAAACAAAAUCAGCAUUUCCAUCACAAUCUAACCGUUCGAAUCUCGCGUCUCGCAUUCCGUUUGUGCGAUGAGUUUUUAACAACCAACAGAGAGCUUCGCAGCAACAGCAAAAAAAAGAAGUGUCGAAAGCGCAGCCACACAAUGUUGUAGGCGCGAAGCGCGAGCGUGUAUUCAAUAAAUAAAAAUACACAUUUUAUGCGAUUUUUGUCGUAUCUUCCAUAAAUGACUCAUAAACAACAACAAGAACGCACAGCUCGGGUGUCGAACGCGAAAAGGCGUGCGGAAUCGACACACUGCGGCGGCGGCCGUGUAGCCAUCACAGAAACAUAAACGUCAAAAUAAAGCGUUGGACCACCACCUCGCGAUUUCCCCGUGCUUGCGUGCGCUACUCGCCGAUCUCAGCGGGAAGAUUCCACCGAUGAUCGGUUCCUCGGCAGUGAGCAGCAGCCGUUAUCGUUGGUGCGGCACCCGAAAUGAAAUAAUAACACGAACAACGCGAAAAUAAAUAAUUGCGAGCCAUCGCAUUUUUUUUUUGUUUUGCUUCUGUUGUUGCUGUGCGAAACAAUUGUCAAUCGUCGUGUUCUGCUGGUCGCAGCGCCGAGCCCCAAAAACAGUGCGCUAUUAAUCCGUUCGAGAAUAUUCUAGGUGCCGGUUGUGGGUGGAAAUAUUUAUUUUUCGAGCAAACGUGUGAGAGCAAACAAAUACAGCAAAAAAGGGGCCACAGCGCGGUAGCUCAGCUAUAUAGCCAUCAUCAUCAGCAGCAUCGUGGGGCGACAUCGGGCUAUGACAGUUGAGCUGGGCCUCGAAUCGGCCGUAAUGGGAGACGAUGAGGAAGCUGCUGAUGAGCAGCAAUCGUUACCACAGGAACAGCAAUCAAACUCCUCCACAAGCGCUAGCAACAGCACCACAUCCAACUGCAGUGAAGCAGGUGCCGAGCCCGAUAUGAUCGAUUCCCGGCCACCAUCAAAUCAGAACCACCAAGAAGAAGAUCUUUCGGUGGGAGAAAACAUCCCUCAAGACGACAGCGCGUCGUCACCAGCUCCAUCUGCUGCACGCAGUAGCAGGACACCCUCAAUUGCAUCCCCUCCUCUGCCUCCGCCUCAUCCUGCGGUCUCACUGAUCAGCGAAAUGGAACCGCAGCAUUCGCCGCCAGAGAAGAUGGAAAUCAAAAUUGAACCAGGUUUGUUGGUUGGAGAGCACAACAAAUCCCCCGAAGGGCAUAAACAUGAAAACAGUAAAUCUCCGGAGUUGGGCUCAGCUCAACUCCCCAUGCUAAGACUGAAUGUCGCUUUGGCUGCUGAUCCGGCGACCAAUCCGGACGCCAAGGAUCUUAAGAAUAUAACCGCUGAAAAUGAUAGUCAUUUCGAGAAGAAUAUUGAUCCGGACUACCAGACGUCAGCUGCUCCGCCACAUGCGGUCAUCAGGAAGCCAUCCAAGCCGGACAACAUCACUAUUCCUAUCAACGUCGAUCUUCCGACUCGGAUACCAAUGUUUAUGUGUGGUCCGUGUGGGAUUCGAUUCUCUUCAGCAUCAACCCUAGAAGCUCACCAAACUUACUACUGUUCACAUCGAAAGGAUGCCGAUGAGAACAGCGGGGGCGUCAAAAAUGCUCACCCGAACGAUCCCAACAGUUCGGAACCACCAGCCAAAUCGGCCAAAACUGGCAAACAGUAUGCCUGCACCCAAUGUUCGUACAGUGCGGACAAAAAAGUCUCUCUAAAUCGCCAUAUGCGCAUGCACCAAUCGUCACCGGCGCCAAGCUCCAACGCAUCGAACGGCGACGACAGCACCGCUAGUCAACAGCAACAACUGCAGCUGCAAUUCCAAGCCCAGGCUGCAGCAGCAGCAGUCGCAGCUGCCGCUGUCCUCCAACAGCAGCAACAACAGCAACAGCAACAACAUCAGCAGCAGCAGCCAAUGCCCCAAGUUGACCGCUACUGUUCCGAUUGUGAUAUUCGGUUCUCCAGCACCAAGACAUAUCGAGCACACAAACAGCACUACUGCAGCUCGCGACAUCGUGAAGGACAAUCCAACAACAGCACACCAAAACCGCAGCAGAAGUCUGGCUCCCAGAGUCCGCCGGAUAUAGCUAAAACUCCCCCGGCGCCACCGCAGCAACCGUUCUUGGCGCUACCAACCAAUCCUAUCAUAGUAAUUCCGUACUCAUUAAUUCGUGGCGCAAGUGUUAUCCCGGGACUGUUAUCCUCCCUCGCACCUGGAAUCGCGAAUCCGGAAUCGGCUUGCUUUUUCUUCCAGAACGGCACCCUGCAGCCGAUCGCCGUAUCGAUCGCUUCAGCUACUGCGGCAGCCGCUGCGGCUGCUGCUGCGGCCGCUGCCGCCGUUGCUUCGACACAGCCAACGCAACAGCAGCAACACGCCACCCCGCAUGGUAACAUUCCCACUUCCCAGGCAAACUCCGGCAGUUCCGGUUCUCAGUCACGUGUUCAAACUCCGAAUGUUGGCAGUGAAAACAGCUCAAGUAGUAACAACACCGGCGAGGUGCUCAAAGCUGUCAACAAGAGAGAAAACAUUAAAGAAUCUUCAACUCCUCUAGACUUAUCAGUGCGCCGUAUGUCACCGGGGGGCAACCUCCGGGAGCGAUCGGUGUCUCUCUCGUCGGCCAUAUCGGUCGAUCAGCUUCGAAUGGACUUUGAUAGCCUCAUGGAAGGUAAGGAAAAUCUCUCUGUUAGCGGUGAUUCGAUCACUCCGGAGCAAAUCGUUUGCGCUCCCUCCCUUCCCGGAAGUCCACCGUUAACCCCUUCACCCAAGCGUCGCUCCAACAGUCCCCGAGGUGGAUCCGGAGGCUCCGGAUGCGUCCGAAAUGAUCGCGAUGGAACUGUCUCAAUAUCUCCACUAACGCUACAACAGCAACAGCAGCAGCAGCUUCUGAUGCGUCCUCUACUCCCAGCCGAUAUAGCGCUACGACUUUCGGCCGCCGAUCCGACCCUUAAUCUCAAUCUCAACAUUCUCCCCAACUCCCAACUGCUCACAAAACAAGGUGUCGAGUUGGCCCUACGACUUUCGUCCUCCGUUAACAGUGGUGGCACCGGUGGAGAUAUCGGCUCCAAGAGCCACUCUCAGCCACAGAUGUCCCCGAUGCUGAACAGCGUUUCACCGACCAACAACGUUCCGGGUCCGGUCCAUCCGAGCACUCCUCAGAUAUUCGUAAAACAAGGGGACUCGAAGUGUAAGGAGUGCAACAUUGUGUUCUGCAAAUACGAAAACUAUCUUGCCCACAAGAAGCACUACUGUUCCGCCCGGAAUCUGGACGGAGAUGGCGAGAAUCCAAAGAUUAGUCCACCGAUCUCUCCUCAAGCGGCGAGUCCGUCGAACUCAAGCGGUGGGGUACCGACGGCUGGGGGACCGAGGGCUCCCGGGGCUGGUGGUCAACAGGUGGCAUAUCAGCAGUUAAUCUGUGCAGCUUGUGGCAUCAAAUUUGCUUCCUACGACAACCUGAGCGCCCAUCAAAUGUACUACUGUCCCAAGAGAAUCGAUGUACAGAUACCGGCUAGCGUUACUCCCCAGAAAGAACGUUGCUCCAAGUGUAAAAGCCUGCACGAAGCAGGCCAGCCGUGUACUGUGGCCGGACAGGGUGCCUACAAGUGUCCCAUUUGUGAGGUUAUCAGUCCCAAUUCGACGGAAGCGAGGCGACACAUGGAUACUCACGGAGGUGUGAAGGCAUUUCGUUGUACCAUCUGUCGGUACAAAGGAAAUACUCUUCGCGGCAUGCGAACCCACAUUCGGAUGCAUUUCGACAAGAAAACAAGUGAUUUCAACGAGGAGAACUACAUAACGUGCAUCCUGGAGGAAGAUGGCAUUGAGAUACCGCCAGCGGCGGCAGUCGCAUCGGCCGCAGCUGCAGCAGCAGCAGCAGCCGCCGCUGCUCAAUUUAUGAAUCAGGCGGCUGCGGCUGCCCAGGCAGCCAAUCAGCAGCAGCAGCCACCGAUGAGCGGCGAAAGCAACAGUAGUGGGAGCCCAGCUUCCGGACCGAUGCACUUCUGCGAGAUGUGUCCCUACUACUCGGCAUAUAAAAUUAAUUUGGCGAAACAUAUCAAAUUGAUACACGCUCGUGAGCGGCCACCCAGUAAUUCACCGUUGGUUGGUGAGGGAGGUGAAUCGUUGAUCUGCAACGAGGAUAGCAGCAAUUCGACACCUCGGCCACCGGUUAGCAGCACUCCUGGACUGGUGAGCAAAAGUGUCAUAAAAACCGAACCCGAUGACGACCGUCUGGAGGACACGGACGUGGACGUGGAUGUCGUCAUGGAGGAACCCGAGGUAAUCAUCAAAACCGAAGCAACGGAACCGCAGCAGCAGCAGCACGGUGGAGCCACAGCAAUGGGAUCCCCUCCACCGCCGCCACCCCCACUAUCAAGCCAAUCUCACCCGUUGAAAGUGAAAUCUCUCCCGCUGUCGGAAAUUAACCACAACGGCCCGAACUAUUGUGACGCGUGUGGCGUGACCUUUAACUACGUGAAGACGUUCAUUGCUCACAAAAAGUUCUACUGUAAAAACAGCCAGCAGGAAGGGGGCGCUGCGUCCGCUGGGGGUGGUGCCCCGGCCAGUAUCCGGGCCGCCAGUACUAGCUCUCCCAACAGUGUAGUGUCCGUCACGAGGGCAGCGGAAACUUCCGUCUGAAGAAGAACACUCACUCGAACUUAAGGCUCGUCUCCAAUGCGAUUCGAAGAUUCAUGUGUGUGUGUGUGUGUUAACGGAAACAAUCGGGAGACGGCAAUUGUUGUAUACGGAGUAGACGCGCGGAAACCAUGAAUUUAGUGAACACACGUGGAAAAACAAGUAUACGGUUUUAUCAGAUUUAUCUUAAAACGCAGACAGAAAAAAAAACCCUGGCGGAAAUGGUUGAACGAUUCUGUGUUAGCUGUAAUAACUACUCUAGUUUCAAAAAGUGGAAUCUUAACAUUGUAACUGUAAGUCUUACUAAUCUUAAUCGUAACGAUAACGAAUAUUAAUGUUUAAAACAUAGAAGCUCGUACGAUAUAUUCAGAAAAAAAGAAGUGCAUAUAUAGAGAGAGACAACAAGCAAAGUGUGUUAAUUUGUUGUUCACUGUUUGCGCGGAGCGCGAAGGAGCAGUAACCGAUUUGACAUUUCGGUUAGCUCUCUUCGAACGCCGCGAUUUUUAGUUUAAAUUUUCAGUUCAAAUUCCACGAGAGAAAGAACGCGUUGUUUUUAAUUAAUGUUUACCAAAGUUAGCAAGUUGUUUUCCAAUUUAUCUUUUAAGUUUUCUACCAAUACGUAUAACUUCCAAUUCGAAGCAAGACUUAAGCGAUGUUUGCAUUUAGUAGAAGUUAGGUUUUAAGGAGAAAAAAAAACAAGAUGUACAUCUGUGUAAAGAUUGUAGCGAAAGCUGUUGUCGUAAAAACCCUAAGCUCGAAUUUAACACUAUAACCCAAACUAAUCGUUAUCGAACACUACAUUAGAAACCAGCAGAACACAAUUCAACCGUAAUAUUGGGGUGGUAAAUUAUAGACAGAAUUCCUUUUCCCACUAUAGGAUUGCAUAAUCGAGAGAACAAAAAAUAUUGAAAGAAUCAAAAAUGCCAUACGAUACCUACUAGAAUUACGCACCACAAUAAUCGCCCAUUGAACACAGAACAGCAUUUCCCGCGCAGAACUAAAAGCCUCUCCUUGAUUUCAUAGAUAUGCAAUAUUCCAAUAUUCAAACGUUCUUUUUCCCCGAGAAAAAAAAAAUGGAAAAUGGUCGAUGUGAAUCCCACUUUUGGCGUCUGUUAGUAAAGAAAUCUGAAACAAAAAAAAAUUACGAAGAGUAACAAUGGAAAAUCAUAAAAUCAAAUGACAAUAAAUUAUUAUUUUUCGGUUAUAGGACGAACACUGAGAAAGAGGAAGAUAACAGAAGUUAGAUGUGAGAUGUAGAUAAAGCAAAAAAAAACAUCUUAAAUAUUGAACGAACACAACAGUGUGAGAGGCAAAUCGAUCGCGGUGUGGUUCAAUAAACAUUCAAGAGAAACAUUCAGA